GAAAGCCUCUUAUAUGUGUAAAGUAUCUAAAACAAAACAAGUGCAUAGACUUGGUGUGUAUUAAGUUGAGAAGAUGAGUUGUGAUUCAGUGAGUCUUAAGCAAAACUAGACUAAAUUAAGCAUAUUAAUUAAGAAAUGUAGCUAAUCACAUUUAAUCAAUAAAAUAUCAACAAGGAAUUGAUUCUAUUGCCUAAAAAUUAAGGCAAGAUGAUUGCAACAACCUUGUGAGAGUAAAUUUCCCAUAGUCUUGACUGAACAGUUCCAACUUCAAGUCAACAUUGAUUGCAACAACCACUAAAACAUAAUCAUACUUAUAAUUGCUUGCUUUGCAUUACCAAUGCAUUGCUUCCUUUCUCAGGCUUAAUUAUCUUCCCAUGAUCACAAUUCAUAACAUUAGUAAUGUCUUGGCUUUUCAUUUUCAAAUCAUUACUUUUCUCCCUGCUUAUGCUUCAGGUCUCAGCUCAAGAUGGAAGAUGUCCAACAUCUUUUAGUUGUGGAUAUCUUGGCCAGAUUACCUUCCCUUUCACAGUCACAGAAAGCCCUCACUGUGGCAUUUUGGCCAUAAGUGGUUGUGAUAAUAACGGUAUAGCUUAUCCCAAAAGCAUCCAACUAGGCAAGCGACCAUCAAAUCAGUCUUUCAUAGUUACAUACGUGGAUCAUGAUACCAUCACAGUCAGAGAUGAUGCUCUACGGGAGAAGUUGCAUUUAAAAGAUUGUCAGGCCUUUAACAACUUUACUGUUCCUCCCACCUCUCCUUUAGCAUCUUUCUAUAUCAAAUAUAAUAUAACUAUGUUCAAGUGCAACCGCUCCCUUAGUAUCACCCUUCCGAGAAAUUUUUAUUUUUAUAAGUAUACAAACUGUUCUGGUUAUAAUCUCUAUUACGACCUUCUAAAUAGAGAUGGUUUUAAAGUGCCAAGCUCUUUGGCACAGUGUACACAGUGUCAGGUUGCAAUAAGAGACAGCCCCACAACUGACCCCUUUAAUUUUGUAUCUCCUGAGAUCUCCAUUGAAGUACAAUUAUCUGAUGAUUGUAAUAAGUGUCUUCAUCACCAAGGGGGGCAAUGUCAACUUGACAAUCAAGGAAAAUUCUUCUGUGCCCAAGGGAGUAGAACUAGAAACUGGCCUGUGAAAAUAUUGGCGCUAGGAGUUGGAGUAGUUGUUACAGUAGUAGCUCUAUUGCUACUAGUGGUCAAGAAUCACAAGAUCUACUAUACAAGAUGGAAGAAUAAAAAUUCAACCAAUCUAGUAAUUGAGGUCUUUUUGAAGAAACAUGGAUCCCUUCAAACCAAGAGGUAUUGUUACUCUGAGAUAAAGAAAGUGACCAACUCCUUUAAAAAUAAAUUAGGCCAAGGAGGAUUCGGAAGUGUAUACAAAGGACGGUUAGAUGAUGGACGUUAUGUUGCAGUGAAGAUCCUAAAUGAAUUGAAGGAUAGUGGAGAGGAAUUCAUGAAUGAAGUUGCAAGUAUAUGUGGAACUUCUCAUGUUAACAUUGUCAAUCUUCUUGGGUUCUGUUUGGAAGGUUCCAAACGAGCUUUAGUUUACGAGUUUAUGCAUAAUGGCUCUCUUGAGAAGUUUAUCUUUGAGGAAAAUGACCAUAUUCCAGAUUUCCAAUUGCACUGCCAAACUUUGUACCACAUCGCAAUUGGUGUAGCUCGAGGGCUAGAAUACCUGCACAAAGGCUGCAAUACUAGAAUAUUACAUUUUGACAUUAAGCCUCAUAACAUUCUUUUGGACAAGAAUUUCAACCCCAAAAUUUCAGAUUUUGGACUUGCAAAGAUUUGUGCAAGAAAAGAAAGUAUGGUAUCAAUGGUAUCGAUAUUUGGUGCCAGAGGAACGGCGGGAUAUAUUGCCCCCGAGGUAUUUUCUAGGAAUUUUGGUGCAGUGUCACAUAAGUCUGAUGUGUACAGUUAUGGAAUGAUGGUUAUGGAAAUGGUUGGAAGGAGAAAAAAUAUUAACACUGAAGUUGACCGAUCGAGUGAAAUAUAUUUUCCUCAUUGGAUUUACAAUCGUCUUGAUUCUAAUCAAGAUCUUGGUCUGCGGAAUAUAAGAAAUGAAAUGGAUGACGAAAAGGUGAGAAAGAUGACAAUAGUAGCUCUAUGGUGCAUACAAACCAACCCUUCAACUCGACCUGAUAUAAGUAAAGUGGUGGAGAUGUUAGAAGGUAGAGUUGAGUCGUUGCAAAUGCCACCUAAACCCUUUUUGUCUUCUCCUCCUUCAAACUCUCCGGUCCAUUUCUCAACUGGAACACAAACUCUAGAGUCCAUGAGAAUGCUAGAUGCAGAACAACUGGAGCAUUCCAGCUAGUGCAAACAGCAAAGAUGACAGAAAUUAAUUUCAACUAUGUAUAAUGAUAUAUUGAUAAGUAUUUUGAGAGCGUGAUGAAGAUUUUAUAGAAAGAAUUAUUAUGAGAUGUAUAGUGUAGCUUUAUUUAUACUUCCUCCUUCCAAAAAUAUAGUUGAAAUUAUUAAAUGUAAAGCUUUCUUAUGAAAUAUUGAUAAUUUAAAGUAUUGAUGUGCAAAAAUAAGUUGAAAUUUCUAAAUGGAAACUUUUAUUGCCUAAAGAGGAUGAUCCAAAUUUAAAAACAAAGGAAAGAUGCAACUCUAUGGUGAUUUAUUAGAUAGCAAU